GAAACGUGUUCUCUUCAGCUGAUUUCACUCGGUAAGUAAAUUACUUCUUUAACAACUUAAAAUAUGUUUAUUUCAUCGAUACUUUUUGUGUGUCGACGCAUUUAUGUCCCAGGAAAUCAGCGACCUACAAACUUUGUGAUAACAGGACUGAAGCUAUCUCAUGGCUAAAGACAAACAACAACAGAAGCCUCCAAAGAGGAAGACGUUGCCUCCAGCUGACAUAAAUAAUGUUUGUGAGGGAAAUAAUAAAGUAAAGAGAGUCAAAAGGGAAAAGAUGGAAGUAGAGGAGACUCCAGUUCAACUUCCAGAAGACACUAUUGCGGUGGAGCUAAAACAAGAGAAUAAAGCAAAACAAAAAACACCUAAAGCCGAGACGACAGAGGAGGUUCCAGUUUCACCAAAAGAUCCAGACGAGGAAGAGGACUUGAGUCCAGAGGAGAGGCGAGUUCUGGAGAGGAAGCUGAAGAAGAUCAGGAAAAAAGAGGAAAGGGCGCGUCUGAGAGAACAGGGGAUUAUUCUACCUAAACCUAAAAUCAUUCCUCGGCCUUCCAAGGCUUCCAAGAUAGCCUUAGAUUACCUCACCUGCUGGGCUGAAAAUCGUGAAGAGUGGAAGUUCCAGAAAAUCCGACAGACGUGGUUACUCCAGCACAUGUUUGACUCUGAAAAGGUUCCAGAUGAAAAGUUCUCUUUGAUGCUGGAGUACAUAGAAGGCCUGCAAGGUGGAGCAAGACAGACCACAGUGCAGAAGGCCUUAGUCUUGGUGGAAGAAUCAGGACAAGAGGAUCCAGAUGUCCAGAAGAGGGCGCAAAGAGCUCGAGAUGUUAUCCAGAUGCUUGCUUGAGUUUUCACUAAAAACUGAUGAGAUUGUCCUGAUUCUCUCAGGUUGGACUUUUUUUGUUUCUUUUAGUUAUACUAAUAAUUUCACUGUCAAUAAUACAUAUUCAAUGUAAUGAAGUAUAGGUGUGUUUUUGGCCCAUUUCAAGGUUUUUAAACAUUCCAAAGGAAAGAAAUUGAGCUGUAAGUGUCUUUUUAAUUAAAUUACAAGUUGUUGGUUUUUUUAUCAAAAGAUUUUUUAAAUAAAUAAGAGUUUUUUUUAACAAUGUAUCCCUGAUUUGGGAAAUUAAUAUUGAUUCCAUCAUGUCCCCGUUUCUUUAUCAGCGCACCCAAGAAGGGGAAAAACUUUCAGCCGUCAUCCCCUCGUAAAUGUUGCAGCAUAGUUGUGGUCCCGGCCGCUUUUGUUCCAUCUGUAACAGAACAAAAAUAUAUUAUGCACCGAUGUCUACACUCUGUUUUUGGAUGAGCUGCUCUGCGUUACCUGUUUGUGAAUGGAAGGGAAUAUUGUGAUGAGUGAGGAGGGCUCGCAGUCUCUCAAUCUCUUCUUGUUGUUUUUGGAAGUCCUGUAAAAGAUAAUGCUUAGCGUGUAAGAACAUAUUAAGGUUUAACAUGUCAAAAAAAUGCAUUUCAUUUAGAUGGUACCUUUUGUAACUAUGCAUACCUCAUUACAUUUCUCUAAAGAGCUGUGUGUUUCCCAUUGAACAGCAGCCUCGGGUAACUUUACUUUCACUUUGUGACUCUUCAGGAACCCGGCAUCUUCAAAUAUAUCCCUUAGGAGAUUUCCAUAUCCCUAAAAAGAAUAAACAAUUGCAACACACAAAGAGGAGCAUUUUAUAACAGAAGCUUACACUUACUUGCUCAGUGAUAAGACCUUCAUACCGAGCCUGCUCUGCGUCAUCCCAUCGCUUUUGCAGCGUCUCACUCAGGGUGGGGUAUACUUGAAAAUAGCACACAAAGUAGACUUGGAGCCUGAUUUACUAAGAUUCAAAUACCACAGGCUGAAUAACGUGUGCAAUCUAUAAACCUGCGUGUGCUACUAGUGAACGUGUUGCAUGCAGCUUACCAACAUGGCGUGUGCAAUUGUAAAGUGGUACAGACUGCCUUAAGUGAGGAUUCUGUGUGUACUUUAUAGAACAUCACAAUGGAUACUCAUUUACUGCACAUUGUCAUCAUGCUCCUACCUGUGGGGUUUUGAUAUGUUUUCAAACAUGCAGAAGACAUGUACUAUUUUUAUUGGGCAUUUUAGAAACAGUCCUACAGUGCAUCUACAUUAAAACCACUUUUUUUUAAGGCUGAAUGUGCGCUUUUUGGAGAACAGUUGUAUAUAUCCACUCAGGAGGCAAAAAAUGCAUACUUAAAUAUAUUUUUGAUUUAUUAAAUAUUUGAAUAUUUUAUGGAAAAAUUAUCAUUAAAAAUGAGACACCAAAACACAAUUACAAUUAUUUAUUUAUUAUUAUUAUUAGGGAUUAUUAUUAGGGACGGCGUUGCGCAACCCGAGAGUGGCCAUGCGCAACCUGAGAGUGGCCGUGCGCAACCCGAAGGUUCCUGAUUCAAUCCCCACCUAGUACCAACCUCGUCCCGUCCGUUGUGUCCUGAGCAAGACACUUCACCCUUGCUCCUGAUGGCUGCUGGUUAGCGCCUUGCAUGGCAACUCCCUCCAUCAGUGUGUGAAUGUGUGUGAGAAUGGGUAAAUGUGGAAGUAGUGUCAAAGCGCUUUGAGUACCUUGAAGGUAGAAAAGCGCUAUACAAGUACAACCCAUUUAUCAUUUAUUUAUUUUGUUUUAAUCAACCCUUCUAGUAGCUGUAAAAUUAUAAAACGAUGUUGCUUCGGAGAAUUCUCGUCUAUCAUUUGUCUGCAGCGCAAGCGCCAAUCCAGCAGCUGUGUGUGGAACUGUCGGUUUGCACGUGCUAAUCAAAACAAAAUAGUAUUCACUGUUUUGUGUAAUAAGUCUGACGCCUAAAAUGUUGAUACACACAAAAAGGAUUCUCAUUUGUCCACUGUUUAUUUGCAGCGUGAGCACCAAUCCUACAGCUGUGUGUGGAACUGUCAGUUUGCACAUCCUUCCCACACGUGCUAAAUAAAGCGCAAAAUAGUGAAAUAAUUAUAUUUUCAUCUUCUCCCAGUAUUUUGGAGUGUUUUGAUGAUCAGCAUAUAUUUGGUAUAUAGAUGAAGAAAGAGGCGCAGAAUGGAUUGCACGCCUUAUUCUUCACAUUUAACAGACAUUCUCCACUUUGCACAUGUUUAGUAGAUCAGCUUUGCGUGUACUAUCAAGUUUGCACGUGUUUUGGUACACGCAAACAUUUAGUAAAUCAGGCCUCUAAUGUCACAAGUAUGUCUUCAACUAUGACACCUUAGCUUACCUAAAAGAGAAUGUGGAUGGCAAACAAGUGGUGUCUCAAACGUUAGCGAGUACACGCACGUGCUGGGUUCAGAGACCUGAGCAAGCUUGCUUUGGGCACUGCACACAAGACUCACCUUCAGGAAAAAAAAAAAAAAAGUGUUUUACUGAUAUAUAAGUGUGAUGCACUCUUUGCUCACCUUUGCUUCUCUGUUUCUGGUGCCACAAGUGUCUCCGUCUCUCAUCCACAUGCCCUUAAAUGUGUUGUUUGCUAUUUCCCACUCCUGCCAAAUCCUGUUAAGAACCCACAAUUAUAUGAGUCACUGGCAAACAUCUGCACUUAUUACUGUAGGCAUCUCACCCCAAGAUCCCACUGUAGGCAUUCCAUCUGAAUGAUUGUUCAUGUUGGGUGAUGUUGUGAAAUGGGCAUAACUCAUAUCUAUACCUGAAACAACACAAAGGCAAUAUGUACAUUUUUAUUUCAAAUAUACCACGAUGUGUAGGUGCAGUUUCAUCUUGUAAUGUUACCAUGAUUUGUGGGAGCACAGUUUUAUCUAUAAUAAAAUUCCUCAUGAGUACAAAGCACAUUUUUACACAUUUCUAUCUGGAAUAAAAUAACCAUGAUGUACAAAACCAGUCAAGUUGGCAUGUUGUGUAAAUGAUAAAUAAAAACAGAAUACAAUGAUUUGCAAGUCCUUUUAAACUUAUAAAUUUAAUAGAUUGCAAAGACAAGAUACUUGAUGUUCAAAGUGGUCAAGUUUAUUUUUUGGUAAUAGCUUCUGUGGAAUUUGAUGCAUGCAACAUGUUUCAAAAAACUGGCAAAUAAAGACCGAGACAGUUUAGAAAUGCUCAUAAAACACUUAUUUGGAACAUCCCACAGAUGAACAGGCUAAUUGGGAACAGGUGGGUGCCAUGAUUGGGUAUAAAAGCAGCUUCCAUGAAAUGCUCAGAUUCCAAUCUAACAAAGGUCUUAACUCAUUCUCUUUCUAUGCCACAUUAAUGUGGAAUGCACUCCCAACGGGUGUAAAAGUAAGUGCAUCUCUAUCCUCCUUCAAAACCGCUCUAAAACAACACCUCUAGGCAACUUCAACCCUUUACUAAUACCCUCCUCCAUUCACAUCCCAUCUCCCGGAUUAUAAAUUACCUAAUGUAAAUAAUCAAAUGUAUUUCUAAUGUAUAUACUUGUUCUUAUGCUAUCUGAACUCACUAUGUUCUCUGCUGGCUGUACAUAUCCUAAGUAUGACCUAAACUGUUUCAAUGUCCACAUUUCUCUGUUGAUGCAAUUGUUGAUACUGAUAUCAACCAAAGCUCCUCAUCCCACCCUCCAGAUUGUAAAUAAUGUAAAUAAUUAAAUGUAUAAACUAUGAUGAUUAACUUGUGUGAUGAUUGUAUUAUGCUGAUAGUAUAUAUUUGUACCAUGAAUUGGUUAACGUGGACCCCGACUUAAAGAAGUUGAAAAACUCAUUAGGUGUUACCAUUUAGUGGUCAAUUGUACGAAAUAUGUACUGAACUGUGCAAUCUACUAAUAAAAGUUUCAAUCAAUCAAAA